AUGUCCGAGGUUCGAAGCCGCCAAAUUAGGGCCCAAGGAAUCGCAUGUCUACGUAUCCGCAAGGAAGAUCCAGUUAAGCACAUCUUGCCUGACAUACUUUCUCCUGGCGGCAUCGAACAUAAUGAUGUUAUACCGAGAUAUGGACCACAGCGAACAUUCGCCCAUGACCUUAAUCAGCGUGCUCUACGAAGAAAGGAGUCAACUAGACUGAGCUCAGAUAUUACGACCGAUUCACGUCCUGUCUUCGUAUGUAUCCAGACAUUGCAAAAAGGAGGAGUCUUUGGUUUGGUAGAUGUUCUGUUCAGUGAACAACCAAGCCUGAGCCUGAUAAGUAAUGGAGCAGAGUGUAUGGUCAUGUCUAAACACUUCUUCCUUCAACACGCCAACGAUGAUAUGCUACAUAGGGUCAAGAUAUCGAUGAUGCCGUUUGCUAAAGAGGAUGAAAUUCAGCGCAGUUUGGAGAACCAGCUCAGAUGGGAAGCCUAUAGAAACGUAACCAUGGAAACAACUUUGUCAAGAAUGCACAUGAAGAAGUUCUACACAACAUGAUAUCAAUAUAUGAAAGAUGAAAUAUGUUGAGUAUAAGAAGGAGAAUGCAUGACAGACAAGAUCUUAAGAAUGCAUUAAGACAUGCAGCUCCUGUCACACCAACACGUCUUACAAGAUGACCAGAUCUUGUCGACUUCCUUGAUAGAUCAUGACAAGAUUUGGGAUCCCUAAAUACAGACUUUCCUCCUGUUAACUUCUUUGUAAUUAGAAAAGAUCCUGCAUGGGUGACGACGAUGAUGACCAGGAUGGUGGUAAUGGUCAUUAUAAGUAAAGACAUAAAACAUUUCUCUCAUGUAAAACAAGAAGAUCGGGAAUUCGGAUCUCGAUCAUGAAGUCAAAUUCAUUGGGACGACACGAUAACAUCAUAUGGACUUUAUUGAAUUUUCUCUUUAGAUCUUACCAAAUUUAAGAAAGUGCAAAUAUUACUAAUGUAGACCAAAUAAUAGACCCUAUGUGUACAUAACUGUUAUCAAUUUUAUUAUUACUAUUUCCUAUGUAAUUAUGACAAUGUAUGACAUACAGUAUGACAGAUUAUUUAUUUUGUAUGAAAUGCGAAGUCUAUAUAUUUGUUGUUAAUAAUAAUAAUAAUAUUGGGUUCUUGUAAUGUUAGUUUACACUCACUUGGUACAUGUCUUGAUUUGAAUAAGGCCUCGAUCUUACUU